ACUUAAUGAGUCAAUCCGGAAGUAGAGUGUACAAUUCGGUGUUGGUGUUAAAUGAAAAAUAACGUCAAGAGCCAGUGAAACAGACACGGGCUUGGACGGAAUCGGUAAGAGAGCAGUGGUGAAAAGGAUGAUGAUUAUCAUCAUCGCAAAUUCAUCUCGGUGAAUUAUUUUGUUGAUAUAAAAAUAAAACCCAUCUAGCUAAAUGGCGGAUUCGAGGUAGUGAGAGGUGAUAGAGCGGAAAAUGGGAACUGGACAUGCAGUGUGGUACUGACACCCGGUGUGAAAAACGGGAGAGGAAGAAAAGUGAGAGUGGAGACCAGUCAUCAUAUCAAAGCUGCUUUCCAGAAAGCAGACAACACGUCCCACAUGGGAAAUGACACAAAGGGUGAUGGCGGAGGGAUAACGGCAAGGACUCUCAGCCCUUCCACCCCAACGUGACCCUGUGUCUUCCUUUUUAUCUUAUCACCUCUCCCCAUUUUUUUUUUUAUACUUUCCUGUUUUUCUCAAUGUCCCCUUGAGCCAACUCACUCUCUCGUUCCUCUAUUUCAUGGAGGACAGCCAAGCCGAUAACAACAAAGCACAUCUCCAUCUCCGUCCAGCAAUAGAGGUUCUGGAUCGUUCUCCUGUCGUGUUAUUGAUCACACAAUGAUUGGAUGAGAAUCCAUCCUCUGAUGUCAUUGGGCCAUGGUUCGCAAGAGAGGCUCCCUUAUCUUGUGUGGAGCAUUCCUAUUCGUCGCCUGCAAUGGCUUGCUUCUCCUGUUCCUUUGGGGACGAACUCCCAUUGGUCGCUUUGGGGAAGGGGGUGGGGCUGAACCAGGGGGGCGGGAAGAGUGGGGCGUGGCCAAAAUAAAAGGGGGCGGGACUAAUCUGGCAGGCGAGGUGAUCCGAUUGGCCGAAGAGGUAGAAUCGGAACUCGAGACCCAGAAGGAACUUCUGAAGCAGAUUCAGAGUCACAGGUCACUGUGGGAAAAGAGGAGAGGGAUGGGAAAAAGACAGACGGAUGGAGAGAAGGUAGAAAAUAAAGAGGAGGAACACAAACCGCCGCCACAGGUGUCUGCAGUACCUCCAAAGGACGAUUCAGAAGACAAGGACCAAAGUCAAGAGGAAAAUACACCGGAAUUGAUCAUUACAGCAGUCCGAGACCCUAAAGUAGACACACAACUGGACGAUGAAAUAAAAGAGCUGACCGACGACACCAAAUUGGAUGUUACUGUCAUCAGCCCACAAGUUGUCAUUCCCAUAUUGGUCAUCGCCUGUGACAGGGUGACCGUGAAAAGGAGUCUUGACAAGUUGAUCCAAUACCGCCCCUCUGCAGAACUCUACCCAAUCAUAGUUAGUCAGGACUGUGGCCAUGCUGAGACUGCCCAAGUGAUUGGCUCAUAUGGCAGUCAGGUGACCCACAUUAGCCAACCAGACCUCUCGGACAUCCGGGUACGGCCGGAGCACAGAAAGUUCCAGGGCUACUAUAAGAUUGCCAGACACUACCGCUGGGCCCUCAACCAGGUGUUCAACACACUCUCUCACUCCACCGUGGUGAUCGUGGAAGAUGACUUGGAGGUUGCCCCAGACUUCUUUGAGUACUUCCGUGCCCUCCACCCCAUCUUGACCUCUGACCCCACCCUGUGGUGUGCGUCUGCCUGGAACGACAAUGGCCGUGAGGGGCUGGUGGACCCUGGGAAGGCGGCCCUCCUCUACAGGACAGACUUCUUCCCUGGGCUGGGCUGGAUGCUGCUGAAGGACAUCUGGGCAGAACUAGAACCCAAGUGGCCCACAGCCUUCUGGGACGACUGGAUGCGUCACCCCGAGCAGCGUAAAGAGCGCUCCUGCAUCCGCCCAGAGAUCUCCAGAACUAUGACCUUCGGACGCAAGGGUGUCAGCUUGGGUCAGUUCUUUGACCAGUAUCUGCGUUAUAUUAAACUCAACACUGACUUUGUGCCUUUCACCAAACAGGAUCUGUCUUACUUGAUGAAGGAGAACUUUGACGUGAACUUUGUGAAGCAGGUUUACAGCGCCCCUCUGAUUAAGGUGGAGGAGCUACAACAAGGGGGUGGUUUGACGGGUACUGGUCCGUACCGGGUGCAAUAUUCCAGCCGGGACAAUUUUAAGGUUCUGGCCCGUAACUUAGGGGUGAUGGAUGACUUGAAAUCGGGGGUUCCCCGUGCGGGUUACAGGGGUGUAGUUAGCUUCCUGUCCCGUGGACGACGGGUCUUCUUGACCCCACCUGAGGGAUGGACAAAGUACGACGUCAGCUGGAGCUGAGAGGUUUGAACAGGACUUAUUGCGAAUGUUUUCGAAGACAGACUCGACAGAGAGGAACACCUCCUCAAACCAAAGAAAACAAAAACAAGCUAACAUGAAGGAGCUGAAGCUAAACAGACAGGUGGGGUAAGAGAUAUGUGAUAGAGUGAGGCACAGUGUGACACAGGGCAACACCCAGGCAGUGAAACCACAUAGCACGUCUCACAGAAAUGACAAACCAUUUAAUGCUUGGUUGUUCUCCUGCUAGAGCUGAAACGCUUUGGGGGUGUCGAACUCAUUCCAUGGAGGGCUUAGUGUCUGCUGUUUUUUAUUAUUUUAAUUAAGACCUAGACAACCAGGUGAGGGGCGUUCCUAACUGAGACCUAGACAACCAGGUGAGGGGAGUUCCCUACUGAGACCUAGACAACCAGGUGAGGGGAGUUCCCUACUGAGACCUAGACAACCAGGUGAGGGGAGUUCCCUACUGAGACCUAGACAACCAGGUGAGGGGAGUUCCUAACUGAGACCUAGACAACCAGGUGAGGGGAGUUCCUAACUGAGACCUAGACAACCAGGUGAGGGGAGUUCCUAACUGAGACCUAGACAACCAGGUGAGGGGAGUUCCUUACUGAGACCUAGACAACCAGGUGAGGGGCGUUCCUAACUGAGACCUAGACAACCAGGUGAGGGGAGUUCCUAACUGAGACCUAGACAACCAGGUGAGGGGAGUUCCUUACUGAGACCUAGACAACCAGGUGAGGGGAGUUCCUUACUGAGACCUAGACAACCAGGUGAGGGGAGUUCCUUACUGAGACCUAGACAACCAGGUGAGGGGAGUUCCUUACUGAGACCUAGACAACCAGGUGAGGGGAGUUCCUUACUGAGACCUAGACAACCAGGUGAGGGGAGUUCCUUACUGAGACCUAGACAACCAGGUGAGGGGAGUUCCUUACUGAGACCUAGACAACCAGGUGAGGGGAGUUCCUUACUGAGACCUAGACAACCAGGUGAGGGGAGUUCCUUACUGAGACCUAGACAACCAGGUGAGGGGAGUUCCUUACUGAGACCUAGACAACCAGGUGAGGGGAGUUCCUUACUGAGACCUAGACAACCAGGUGAGGGGAGUUCCUUACUGAGACCUAGACAACCAGGUGAGGGGAGUUCCUUACUGAGACCUAGACAACCAGGUGAGGGGAGUUCCUUACUGAGACCUAGACAACCAGGUGAGGGGAGUUCCUUACUGAGACCUAGACAACCAGGUGAGGGGAGUUCCUUACUGAGACCUAGACAACCAGGUGAGGGGAGUUCCUUACUGAGACCUAGACAACCAGGUGAGGGGAGUUCCUUACUGAGACCUAGACAACCAGGUGAGGGGAGUUCCUUACUGAGACCUAGACAACCAGGUGAGGGGAGUUCCUUACUGAGACCUAGACAACCAGGUGAGGGGAGUUCCUUACUGAGACCUAGACAACCAGGUGAGGGGAGUUCCUUACUGAGACCUAGACAACCAGGUGAGGGGAGUUCCUUACUGAGACCUAGACAACCAGGUGAGUGGAGUUCCUUACUAAUCAGUGACCUUAAGUACAAAGGAGGAGUGAAAACCCGCAGGCACUCGGCCCUCCGUGAAAUGAAUUUGACACGUGGUUUACGGUUUGCUUCAACGUGAUGUCUUAAACCUAAAGUUUGAUUACGUGAAUUCAGAGACUUGCUUUUUGUGGGUUUUUUUCUGUCUCACCAGAUCUUAAAAGAUCCAAAUGGCUCCCUGUUUACUGCACUACCUUUUGACUAGGAACCAUAGGGCUGUAGUAUAAAGUAGUGCACUAGAGGAAUCCAUUUAGGACAGCCUCUGUCUACAUUCUAUUCUCAGAUGUCUACUUUAAAAGAACUUGCAGUAUUCCACUCACUCAAAGUGAAUGAAUGAGGUCGAAAUAUUAGUUAGACUGGUAUUAAACUUUUAUCAUAAAUAUAUAAUCUGAUUUAUUCUUAAAAUGGGGAAAAAAAAGUACCAUGAUUUUUUUGGGGGAGGGGGAAAUACUAUUUUGGGAAUGAUUUAUUUAUCUCUUGUAAAUGGUUUUAUAAAGAGAUGAUCAGAGGUUCAUAUAUUGCCUUGCAGCGAGCCAGUUUAACACCUGUAUGUGACAUUAUGUUGUGCUCAUAUCAAAUGGCACCCUAUUCCCUAUAUAGUGCACGACCUUUAUCCAGAACCUUAUGGGCUCUGGUCAAAAGAAGUGCACUAUAAAGGGAAAAGGGUGCCAUUUGGGACGUCCAUAUACUUUAGCCCCUUGUUCAAAAUGAAUGGUCUGUUGUAAUUCCAUGACAUUCAAACGGUGGUCUGCUACAGUUGUGUUUGUUGAAGAAAACAACAACAAUGAUCAUGAUUGUUUUCCAUGUGUUGUUUUGAUUGACGUGAUUGGGCGUCACUGGGUGAUACAUGACGGGUGCUUUUAAUUCAUGUCCUUAGUUCUGGGGUGAUUGAUUGUCAGGAAGAUCGAUUCAUAUGUCCUAAAUGGUGAUGUGUAAGAACCACUGCCUGACGUGUUUAUAACCUGAAUACGUUGCAAAUAAAACGGACUAUUUUGCUAUUUGUCCAUAUAUCCA